CUUAGCUGUCAAAACGACGUCGUUCCCAUGGUUCCUCCCUCUUUCUUGGAACCCCUUCUCACCGUCAAUUCUUCCCACCCUCUAUAUCACACUUCCCUUCUUCGCCCAAUUCAUCCCCAAAUUAAAAAAAAAAUCCAAUUUCUUCAAUUUAGAAAAAUUCAAUUUUAAUGGCGUCGAAAGAUCAGUCAAAUUUCCAUGAUUUCCUGCCCCUAAUGGCGGAGAAGCUCGGCGGCGACGGGCUGAUCGGAGAGCUCUGCAAUGGGUUCCGAUUACUGUCGGAUUCCGACAAAGGGGUGAUCACAUUCGAGAGUCUGAAGAAGAAUGCGGCGUGUUUAGGGCUUGAAGAAUUGUCCGAUGAGGAUCUUCUGGGAAUGCUGAAAGAAGGGGAUUUUGACGGAGAUGGAGCCCUAAAUCAGAUGGAGUUUUGUGUGCUGAUGUUCAGAUUGAGCCCUGAUUUGAUGGGUCAAUCUCUGUUUUUGUUGGAAGAAGCUCUUCUUCAAGACUCUAACUUUUCUUAAUCAUCGUCAUAUAUAUAUAUAUAUAUAUAUAUAUAUAUAUAUAUAUAUAUAUAUAUAUAUAUAUAUAUAUAUAUAUAUAUAUAUAUAUAUAUAUAUAUAUAUAUAUAUAUAUAUAUAUAUAUAUAUAUACAUAUGGUAUUUGUCUAAUUGAUCUGAUUUUGUUGAUGGAUUGUUUUAACUUGUUAUUUACCAGUUGGUUAUUGUAGUUGUUGUCUGGUGAUUAUAAAUUUCGAAUUGUAUACGGGAAAUUCGAUGGAAGAAUAAACGGAAUUUGUUUCGAUGUUUUUCGAUACUGCAUUA